AUGGAUGAUCUUUUUUUAAGAACUAAAACUAAUUAUAUUUUCGAAGAGAUUGCCAAAGGUGGAAUCUAUAAUAAUCUUAUUUUGCACUUUGAAAAUGGUAGAAUCGAACCAGUAAAAGUAUAUACUGAUGAAAAAACUGCAAUUGAUAACUUUUAUAAUGAUGAAUUUAUAGUUAUAAUUUUAUUUUAUAAAAACACUGAAGAAAGAGAUAAAGAAAAGAAAUGGAUAAGAAUGUGUCAUGAAACUGUGUUCCAAAAGACCGGCGCUACUAAGGAGUAUAGAUUGGAUGAUAUUGACUCCCCAUUCUCAAACCAACUAUCUCUAUCCUAUAUUAGAAUAUUAAAAAGAGAUUCAACUAAACCAAGAAUUCUUCAAAAGGAAAUUGAGUACCCCUCAAUCCCCAAAGAGACAAGCAGAAUGAGACAACCUUCUCAACUCAAGUUUGAAGUAAACAUUGACAGAACCUCACAGAUUAUUCCAACACCAGAUCUGGGACUGUUAAGGAUAGUGAUAAGAAAAUACUACCAAAAUGAUAUUGAAAAAAGAAUGAAUAAGAUUCCUAGAAUCUUGGAAUACCGUUUCAAUCCCCAUGAGAAACCAGAGAAAAUAUUGAACGGUCAACUUCAAUCAAUACAAUCCAAUACUAAACAAUUUAUUAAUCUUAAUAUUAAUCACAUUAAUGAUAAGAUUUAUACUCUACCAUCUUUUAACCUCACUGAGACCAUAACUGAAUUUAUCUUUUGUUACAUUACAGUGAAAAGACAUUUUAAAAAGCUAUGUGAUGAGGAACUUGAAUGA